UUAUACAUCAACCCAAUUUUGAGUCAGACUUCUACACUAAGUAAAGCAUUUAUCACAAUAAAUAAAUGGAUUAAUAAAGUCAAGAAAAGAGUAUUCAUCGAAUUUGAUAGAGGACCUGGAGUGCCUAGAGUGUUAUAGCAUUACAACAAAUGGUUUGUUUUUGUUUUCUGGUGGAUCAGACAAGGAAGAUAAAGAGAAGCAAGCCAGCCGCUGGAACUUGCUCCCGGUGCGGCGCUGGGGCCAGUGUCGCCGAUAUGAGGACUGAGACAAGGUUCUGUUAUGUUCCCUUUUAUUGGAAAUCUUGGAGAGCUAUCAUAUGCACUUUUUGUGGAGCCAUUCUUAAAUCAUAUAGAUAAGGUUUUUAUUUGUCUUCAAAUUUAAAGAAAGAAAUCAAAGUACUCGCAUGUAUAAUAAUUUAAUAGUUUUGGGGUUUACGUCAUUGGUAUUGUAAUAUAUUUUAUUUGUUUAAUAAUCAAGUUAAAUACAUGUAUGAUAUGAUUUUAUGA